UCUCAUCAAGGAGGAGUAGAGUGAUUCCCAUGAAUUCACCCUGCUUCUUAAUGUUUUUCGAGUCCCAAAAACGUAGCAAACGACCAACGAUGAACUGGGCAGAUCUUCUGAGGCGGAGGGCAUCGAAGGCUGAGUGAGCGAGAACUGCAUCAGAGGAAGCCAUCUUUCUGAAUCUUUCAACGCUUUAUAAAAUGAUAAACUGAUAGGGGUUUCUGAGGAUUAAGCAUGCUCUCGUACCGCUGAUAUAUAUAGCUAUGAGAAGAAGGAAACGGAAGCGUCGUAACCGAGAAUGGGUUGAAUACGAAUAACAUUUAUUCCAGGAUUUAAAGAACAAAGGGGAAAUGAAGAGAGACCGACUGGGGAGUUCAAGAGAUGAGGAGACAAACAUGCAUUAUGCAGAUCAUGAUAUGCAACUACGGCGGAUCCAGUUCUGUAAUGAAGAAAGAGAGAUUUCGAGCUUAAAAGAAACCAAACGCAAAAGACCCUAACCGGAACCAAGGAAAAUCGAAUUAUAUUCCAACUAACUAAACCAAACGAAACUAAUAACCUAAUCGACUAAAAUCACCCGGUCAUUCAGUGGGCCUAAACCUUAAAAACGGGCUUUCAAAGACACUACGAUCAAUCACAUUUGUAAUUUAGAAAGACAAACCCAUUCUCGAUUUUUACUUGGGACCCACAAUCAUUACUCGAAGCCCGAUCAAAUAUUAAUUUUCCGUGUUCUUAGACCAACUCAAUUAACAGUGCCACACGCAAAAUCACGGAUACGGAGAUUAAGUAAGCGCAAACGAAGUCCAAUCGUAUUUCAUGGAAUUAAAAUUGAAAGCCUAAUCCACCAGUGACGUGGCAGAAUCAUUGGCUGAGAAUAUUUUGCCUAGGUGGCACCCCUAAGAAGCCUCAAAUUUAACUUCUUUUAUAUAGUAGGAUGACUCUUGAUCAUUUUAUCUGGAACACUUUGAUUUUUACAUUCUUUAUUUGGGUGCAUAUUGCUAGUUAAGUGAAAGACAGAGCUUACUUGUACCACAAAAAUGUGAAAGAUUGUUCUCAUUCUUCAUUAAAUACACAUAACACAUCUAUCGUUUGCUUUCUAUUUUGGUGUAUUUAUUGCUUUUACAUACACAAUACUACUUUAUAUAGACCAAUGUGUAUGUCCAUUAAAUAUACAAUUUAUAUUACAUUAUGUAACGAUAUAAAUAAUAUGCUUAUAUAAGCACAGUCCACAAAUUUCAGAGUCAGGUCCUUUCCUUUUCAAAGAUCUCUCUAACUCCACUAUAAAUCCCAAGUUCUCUCACUUCUUUAAUCUCCACUAUAAAAGGAACUACUUCAUCUCUCUCUCUCUUCCAUCAUCUUCUUACAAGUUACAACAAAUAUUGUCUUCAAGAGAACCAGAGAGACUCACUCUUUUACAACUCUCUUAUUAAUCAAAAAUAUCCAUAAUCUUUAAAAGCACACACUCUUCUCCCAAUAAUGAGAUUCUCUCUUUCUCCCGCACGUCCGUACAGUGUAGUACCCUCACUACCAAACCACGACGUUGUUUCUCACGUAAAUGUUACCAUGUCGUGGAACCGUAAGUGUAGAUGCGUACUUACUCUUCCUUCUCCUACAAUAUCUACUUCCCGGACACCGGUUAUACCCAAACCAGAAAUGUGGGAGGGUUUGCUGCUAAACCAAGAUCACAGUUCCGAUGAAUUGUCGUCCUCUGGUUCCAACAACCCGGUUAAGCUAAACCGUAGAUGGAAGGAGUACCAGGGGCUUCAGAAUUGGGAAGGUCUCUUAGACCCAUUGGACGAUAAUCUCCGUGGAGAAAUUCUCCGGUACGGUCAGUUCGUGGAAUCGGCUUACCAGUCCUUCGAUUUCGAUCCUUCGUCACCAACCUACGCAACGUGCAGGUUCCCGAGGAACACGUUGUUAGACCAAUCCGGUUUACCUAACUCCGGUUAUCGAGUGACGAAGAACCUCCGUGCCACGUCAGGUAUUAACUUACCACGUUGGAUAGAGAAAGCGCCUAGCUGGAUGGCUACACAGUCCAGCUGGAUUGGUUACGUGGCAGUAUGUCAAGACAAAGAAGAGAUCUCAAGGCUCGGUCGUAGAGACGUAGUCAUCUCCUUCCGUGGAACCGCCACGUGUCUCGAGUGGUUAGAGAAUCUCCGCGCCACGCUGACUCAUCUCCCUGAUGGGCCGAGUGGGCCAAACCUAAACGGGUCUAACUCUGGGCCCAUGGUCGAGAGUGGAUUCUUAAGCUUAUACACAUCAGGGGCCCACAGUUUGAGAGACAUGGUAAGACAAGAGAUAUCGAGACUGCUCCAGUCUUACGGCGACGAGCCGUUGAGUUUAACGAUAACGGGGCACAGCCUCGGCGCCGCGAUCGCGACGUUAGCGGCGUACGAUAUCAAGACGACGUUUAAACGUGCGCCGAUGGUCACCGUUAUGUCUUUCGGAGGUCCACGUGUCGGAAACAGAUGCUUCAGGAGACUCCUUGAGAAGCAAGGCACCAAGGUGUUGAGGAUCGUUAACUCCGACGACGUCAUCACCAAAGUUCCAGGUGUCGUUUUAGAUAACAGAGAGCAAGAUAACGUGAAGAUGACGGCGUCAAUGCCGAGUUGGAUACAGAAACGAGUUGAGGAGACGCCGUGGGUUUACGCUGAGGUCGGGAAAGAGCUUCGGCUGAGCAGCCGUGACUCGCCCUACCUGAACGGCAUCAAUGUGGCCACGUGUCACGAGCUGAAGACGUAUCUACAUUUAGUAGAUGGGUUUGUGAGCUCCACGUGUCCAUUCAGAGAAACGGCUCGAAGAGUCCUCCAUAGAUGAAGGUUCAUUAGACAUUCGUAACCCUAUUUUAACUUUGUGCAGAAAAAAAAAAACUUUAAACCGAAAGAAAACCAAUAAUUAACAUUGUUACAUGCAUCGCUAACUCAGUGGUAGAAAUAGAACGUACGUACGUAGAAAGACAGCUUUAAAAGAGGAAAAGUGUAAUGACGUUCGUAUAAACUCAAAUAGUGUAUAUAUAUGAAUUUUUAUUUAUUUUAAUAAUUUUAUUGAGUUGUGCUCAUUAAUGGUAAAGUUAUAGACGCAUGUGUGUUAUAAAAUCUGAACUCCUAAAGUCGAAAAUUGUCUGAACUUGACCAAAAGAAGAGUGAAAAGACAGACAUAUCCCUACUCCGUCCAAAUUUGAGAAUUUAUGUAAGGUGGCCCAAGCCACGUAAGCACCGACCGGUUGAAGAAGUUGACUGAAAAUGUACUUUGCAAAAUCUUAGAAGAAAUCCGUUACUUGUAAGAUCAAAAUCCCAAAGCCAAAUAAGAUCACGCAUCAUGCGCCGUCCAUUACCUUAUACUUAUUUUCCUCGUUACUAAAUUAACUUACGCGUUGUACAUUACAACAACAUCGUUUUGGCAAUGCAAAAGCAAACUUUAUAAGUUAUAUUCAACAUUAUACUUGAUUCAAUAAUUAAUCACCACCAGCAUUACUGCUUUUACAUUACAAUUUAAUGCUGCACAUACAUCUUCUCAAGACACAAGUCAUAGUAAAAAAAAUAUGGUAUCGUUUUUGUGAUUGUAUAAUGACUAUUUUUCAUGACAUCUUUUAUAAAACUGUUUUCAACAUUUUUGGGUAAUCUGUUUAAAUGAACUUUUUUGUUAUUCUCUUCAGUUUUAGUACUCCAAAGUUUAAAGAUAUUUUUAAAUCGUACAACAGUAAUCAGCCAUAUAUCCAAAGUUGUAAAAAGAGACUUUAAAGUACAAACAUAAUUAACCUUACCCAAUAUUUGAAAAUUGUGAAGAGACUUUAAAUUCACAAAAUAUUAAUCUUAUCCUAUGGUAAAAAUACUAGAUAAACUCAACAUGAGACUCCGAUUAAUCAUGAUAUGAGGCAAACUGUCAAAGUUAACUGUUAACCCUAAACUAUUUCAAUUAAUUCAAUUAUUGAAUAUGACUUUUUAGUUUCAUUUAGUAAAAUCAGCUAAUUGCAUUAUACUACAUACAUGCUAAUAUAUGUGUAUACACACAAAAUUCAUUACAUUAAACUUAACAAUAAAUCAAGUCGAUCUUAAUAUAGUAUCGAGAGUUACUAAGUGAUAAUAUUGUAGUCAUUAUCGUUUGAGGUAGAAUAGAAACCAGCAAUUGAUUCUAAUUUUGCUUCCAGUCACUACAAACUACACAUCAUGCAAUCAGAAUUCCUCUGGUCAUGACCAAAAAAAAAAUGAUUUAACUGACAAGUGCAUGCAUAAGAGAACGUGCGGUCAACGUCACUAUUUUUAUGGUUACAUAGAAGAAGAAUAUAUCGCGCGCAUGCAUGAUCCAAGCCGUAUACGUACAUAUAUAUAGGCACGUCCUAGUCUCAAAUAUAUAUGUACAAAACUGGAUAGAUCGCAUUACCGACCCAUACCUAAAAUGCUCGUUUUUUACAUCCCUGAAAUAUCAAAGAUAUAUUUCUGGAUAUAUAAUUGUAGAAAGUGAUCAUCACUUGUUACUAUCUCUCUUUCUUUUUUGAAAUUAGAUCUCUAGCCAUAUCAUCAAUACUAUUAAAUUAGGAACAUACCCAAUUGAUAAAAAGUUGUGUCCAACAUAUAUUCCCUUUAUUUAAGGGUUAGUUAUUAUUCUCUUUAUAUAUCCAUAUCCAGUUUUAUUUAUAACUUCCAUUUGAUUCCCCUAAUUUUCGGAUCCACUUGAGUCAAAAUCUACGGUUUCAUACAACAAUCAAUAUAAGUAAUCAUAUUAAACAUGUUUGACAACAUAAAUUAAUUGACAUCAAUUUUUUGACCUUAUAACCUAACCUCGAUUCUAUUCCUAGCACCUACACCUUUUAUAAGUAAAAUUAAUUCAAAAGUUUUAAUAGGUUUAGAUAGAUAUAUUUGAUACUAGGUGUUUUGCCUGCACAUGCGGACAUAAACUUCUUAUGAAUACUUAUUAGUUUAUGUUUUAUUAAUCUAAAACCAACAUAUAUAUAAAAAUUUAAUAUUAUUGACAUUCAUUUUUAAUUAUAUACAAGAUUCAUUAAGGAUAAUUUUAAAUUAAUAUAUUAAUGACUCAGCUAAUAACAAAUAAUAAAUCAAUGAUUUAUCUAAGACCUAAUUAAAACUUGACAAGUAAGCAAAACUACCUAAAAUAAUGGAGAACAUGACAAAUAAUCAAAAUCAUUUCAUAAAUAAUAGCAUAUAUAUAUAUAUAUAUAUAUAUUAAAUGGACUAAUUUAGAUACUUAAUCAUUUUAAGAAUAUUUUAAUAUAUUAGGACUGUUUUAAUACUAAUAAUUUUAAAAAAUAUCAUACACAAACAUAUAAAUUUUUUCUUAACAUAUAAAAAACUGCUCCAUAUUUACAGAAAGAUAAAUAAAUUAUAAAGUAACAUUAUACCUACGGGUAAAGACCUAAGAAUAAACAAAUAUGAUUACAAAAAAAACGGACAUACAAACAUAUGAUUAUAAGAAACAUAGAGUAUGUCGGGUCAACUUCUUAGUUGCUAUUAUUUUAUAAAAUAUAUUUUGAUUAAAAUGUAUACACAAAUAUAAUUACAAAUAAUAACAUAAAUAUGAUGACAAAUAUAUAUAAAUUAAAUUUCUAAGAAAAAAAUGAAAACAAAAAGUAAACCCGCCCUUUGUCAGAAUCUAGUUCCUCUGUUAAAACAAAACAAAGCAUAACUUGAAAAUACUGGAAUUCAAACCGCCACACAUCACUGACUUUUUUUUUGACAAAGGAUUUUCAAUCAUUGAAGUUUUUUUCGCGUACAGUAAACUGUUCAUCAAUUUUAUAAUAGUUGGAGUUACAUUUAUCAAGUCAAUAAAAUAUGGAUUGCGUUUCCUAUUUUCCUCGUUAUUUGUAGAAAUAUUGAGUUUUUUUUAAUAAGAAUCUCCGACCACUUUAAUUAAGUUAUCCACACAAAAUUUUUUUGGUUCAGUUGUGACUUUUCUUUGUUCGCGCUUAUGCAUUUCUUCUCAACAGUGGGUUUAAAAUUUUGGCCGGACGGGAUUUAUAAGAAAUCAAAGAAAAUUACAUUAUUGACAUGUAAGAAAAUCAGGAACGUGGUAAACUAGCGUUCCUAUAUAUAUUGUUUAUAAAAUGUAAGCAUAUCACAGUUUAUUGAGUAAACAAAUUGAAGUUGUUGGUAGAACAAAAUUAAUUUACUUGCUGUAUUAGUCAAGGAUGAUAAAAGUCAAGGUGACAAAUUCAAAAACAAAUAAAAUAAUUGUAUUACCAAAAAAUAACCCCUAAUUUCAGAUUGUGCGUGGUUCAUGUGAUAUAACAAAAAAAAUUUCCAGUAUGACAUGAUAAAGCUUUUAGCCUAACUUUUUAUGACACCUUGAAGCUUUCAGCCGAUUUUUAAACAAGGACCAACAAAACAAUAGUCUAUGUAUACGCCCUGCGGAGACCACUACAAAGUCUACAAUAGUGAUAUGUUAUUAUACAGCUAUAUUUUUAGCCUCACUGGCAUAUGAAAAGAAAAUAAUAGUAUAAUAGUACUAUAAUAGUAUAGUUUCCAAUAUAAAACUACAAAAUAGACGUUGCACAAUAUUUAUACACACAUAAAUGAAAGAAAAUGGUAAGAAAGAGAGAAAAAAAGAGAGGAGUAUGUGUGUAUGCCUUUAUGCCUCCUACAUCUCAACAUUAUGCAAAAUUGCGGCUGCCCAACAA